CAACUAUCAUCAUAUCACAAACACAAACUCAUAUUUCUUCAACAACAUUAAUUCUUUAUUUGCAUAGCACUUACUGCCCUGAAAUAUAUAAACCAUAGUCUAAACAGCCUUUGCUUUCAUUACCAUUAAUCUUUACUCAAAAAAAACUUAGAUAAAUUACAUAUUACUUCGAUGGAGGGAGUCACAAAUUUAUCUGUUGAACAAAUUCAGCCCCCUACUUAUGGGAACUUGGUAACCAUUCUUAGUAUUGAUGGGGGAGGUAUUAGGGGUCUCAUCCCUGCUGCAAUUAUUGAAUUCCUUGAAUCUCACCUUCAGGAGUUGGAUGGUGAAGAUGCAAGGCUUGCAGAUUACUUUGAUGUGAUCUCAGGAACAAGUACAGGAGGUCUUGUGACUGCCAUGCUAGCUGCUCCUGAUAAAAACAAUCGUCCACUUUUUGCUGCCAAAGAUAUCAAGCCCUUUUACCUUGAACAUUGCCCUAAAAUUUUCCCACAACAUAGAGGACUUGGUGCGACACUAUUAGCAAAGGUAAUGAGAUCUCUUGGAGGACCCAAAUAUGAUGGAAAAUACCUUCAUCAAGUUGUAAGAGAGAAACUUGGAGACAUUCGCUUGCAUGAAACCCUCACAAACAUUGUUGUUCCCACAUUCGACAUCAAGACUUUGCAGCCAAUUAUUUUCUCAUCUUAUCAGCUUAAGAGAUCCCCUUGUUUGGACGCUAAACUUUCAGACAUAUGCAUUAGCACUUCAGCUGCUCCUACUUAUCUCCCUGCUCACAACUUCACAAAUAAAGAUGAUGAAGCUGGAAAAGAAGAGGAGUUCAAUCUCAUUGAUGGUGGUGUUUGUGCAAAUAAUCCGGCUUUAGUUGCCAUGAAUGAAGUAACAAAGCAGAUUAUAAAUCAAAGUCCUGAUUUCUUUCCAAUCAAGCCUCUGGAAUAUGGUCGUUUUCUGAUAAUUUCAAUAGGCACUGGGACAGCAAAAAAUGAGGAAAAGUUCACUGCACAAAUGGCAGCCAAAUGGGGAUUAUUAGAUUGGUUAACACAGAGUGGUUCUAAUCCCUUAAUCGAUGUUUUUACUCAAUCAAGUGGUGAUAUGGUCGAUUUUCAUUUAUCUGCUGUCACUCAAGCUCUUCAUUCAGCUGAUAAUUACCUUCGAAUUCAGGAUGAUACAUUGACAGGAAUCGAUUCUUCAGUUGACAUUGCUACAGAGGAGAACUUGAAGAAACUGUGCCAAAUUGGUGAAAAUUUAUUAAAGAAACCGGUCUCUAGAGUCAAUUUAGAAAAUGGUCACUUUGAGCCACUGACAAAUGGAGAAACCAAUGAAGAAGCUCUCAAGAGGUUAGCAAAAAUACUUUCACAAGAGAGGAGACUUAGAGAAAUGAGAUCCCCACAUACAAGUAGAGGCAAGAAAGCCAGGCAUCUGGUUUCAUGAUCCAUUCAUUAGCUUCAAGACUUUUCAAAUAUGUUUCUUGUAGAAGAAACAAUAUUUGUAAGAUACAUGCAUGCAAGUUCAGUGAUAUUUUAAAAUGUAAUAUGUGUGAGAUCAAAAGUUUGACCGUGUAUCAUUGUCAAAAAAAAAAAAGUUUGACCAUGUAUUAUAAAUUGUAACCAAGUGGCUUCUUGUUUUCUUUUUUAAAGCUUUGUGCAUUGCGUGUGGAGUGAAAAUAAUGUAAUCUUACCUUCAAUUCAUUUGUUAUUCUUCAAUUUCAUAUGUAAAUGUCAAUUUGAUACUUCUUUUGAA